UUCCUCUCAACAGUUGGCUGCGAGAUACAAACAUCAACUAAACUUUUGUUUUAUUUUUCAAAGUUAAUAGUUUUAACUUCUUAGCUGAGUCUCUUGCGUAUAGUACAGUUUGUAAUAUAAAUUAGAACGUUUGAUAAGGCAUUAUGGCAACGCUAAAGAAAAACAAUUGUUUACGAAGAAAAAAACUGCUUGCAAAUGAACCUAAAUAUAGCCUGGCAGAACAAAUGUAUGCAAGAAUUGAUUCUGGAGAUAACAUUUGUUCAUUUGAAAUUUCUCCACCUAAAUCUGAAUUUGGCACACGUCAGUUGUUAAGAAGCCUCCAAGAUGUGUACAGUUCUUGCAAUCCACUGUUUACUGCCAUCACCUGGCAUCUCCAAUUGACAGCUGACGUUUCACUGCCGUCAAGAUUGCUGCUUGGUGAACCCCAAGCUUUGAGACUUGCGGCAGUAAUUGGAAAAACUAAUUCUGUGCUACUUCACUUGUCAAGCGUUGGACUGACCAAGAGGCAGGUCGUUUGUGUGCUCCGGUGUGCCAGAAAUAUAGGCACAAGGAACGUAUUUGCUCUCCGAGGAGAUAGACAAGAAAAAAACAAUGGUUUAAAAUUAGAGAGUGAUUUUUCAUAUGCUGUAGAUCUUGUUUCCUUCAUACAAGAAAAAUUUGGAGAUUACUUUACAAUUUGUGUGGCUGGUUACCCUCUGGGCCAUCCAGAUGCAGUAUCCUUUGAGCAAGAUUUGGUGCAUCUCAAAGAAAAGGUUGAUGUAGGAGCCAGUUUUAUAAUCACACAGUUCUUCUUUCAAGUGGAUGUCUUCAUCAAUUUUGUGCAGAGAUGCAGAAGAAUUGGAAUCAGAGUGCCUAUUAUUCCUGGAGUAAUGCUCAUACGGGAUUACACUUCGCUCAUUCAUACUUCAAACAUCUGCAGUGUGAAGGUACCAAGGGAGGUACUGGAUAUUAUUGAACCAAUUAAAGACAACGAAGAGGCUGUAAGAAAGUUUGGUGUCCAUCUUGCAGUGGAGAUGGUGUCCUAUCUCUUCAGACAUAACUACUCAUAUGGGGCACACUUCUUUACCCUUAACAGGCAGUCGUCUAUUAUCGAAGCUUGCAAGUGUCUGGGGUUCUGCUCACCUGAGCCAGCAAGACCACUGAGACACCAAGAAACAAACAACACGCCUCAAAGUUUUAAAGUUAUUUUAUAACAGGAUCAUCAGCGAUAUGCAGAUGUAGCAAGGCUGUGAUUAUUGAACAUUCUUGGAAUCCAAUGAGUAUAAAGUCAUGGUGAAUCACCAAACUUUCCCCCACAUAAAGUUUCAAGUCUGGUUCAGUGUUGUAUGAUCUGAAGCUUUCAUGGUGACUAAAUAUAAUGAAUUCUUCUCGGGCUGCCAGCCGUGUAAGGUGGUUUAUUAUAUCUGGUUCAGUAUGCUUCUGAUAGCUUCAUCUCCACACCUUAAAGUGUUCCCCUGACAAACCAUAGUUACAAAAAAAGAUUUUGUGAUAAAUGAAUCAAAAUCUUUGUCACCAGCACAGUAGUUUAUUUGUAAAUAAAUAAAUAAAUAAAAUAAAUUAGUUAUUGCCUGAAAUUCUAAUUAGUUACGGCCUCAUAAACAUGCUUGAACAGAUAAAACAUAAGUGAUUUUAUUAUGAAAAUGUUAAAUACAUACCAAAAUACAUUAAUAUACAGGCAUACCUCGGAGAUAUUGCGCUUUCGGUCCCAGACCACCACAAUAAAGCGA